AUGAAUAAUCGACCAAUUCCUAGGAAUCAGGCCUCUUCGUCACUUGGUAGGAAUGAUUUGAAACCAGGACUGUUUGGUAGGUCUUCCUUUAGAGUUCAACACUAUUCUGGUACCAAUGGAAUAUCGCCCAUUGGCAGUUCGCCAAGGACCAAAAUAUCACCUAGAUAUUCAUUUGCGAGCUCUUUUGCUACUAGUGAAUCCAGUUUGAGAGAAUCCUCAUACUUUGAUGAGAGACCUCCAGUGCAAGAUACCGGUGUGCCCAAAUCAUCAGGAUUGUACUAUAGUAGAGCGAGUCCCAAAGAACUUUCAAGUAUUGAUAGGAUUAACGAUUCAAGUUUCAAUGGUAUUGUGUGUGCUGGUAAGACUCAUUUAGGCCUUUACAAGUUUUCACCACAGGAUAAGUCCAUUGACUGUAUGCAUGACUUCGUGUCUGCUGGGAACGAUGGUAAUAGAGGUAGCAAUGUUCAGAUGGGACUAGGUAAAAGAUCCAAGAGGACGAAACUGAGUACCAUUGCCGAUGUAAAAGCUGGAUUCCAUAAUCAUAAGAACUAUGUGGCAAUCUGCAGUAAUUCUACAGUCCUUUCCAUUUAUGAUAUUAAUAAGACUGGCAGCAUUGAUAACCCAUUGGUAACGAAUUGUUCACAGCACGUAAGAUCUGUCAACAGUUUUGAUUUCAACAUGGUACAGACCAAUUUAAUUAUUAGCGGUGGACAAGAUAGUUGUAUUAAAAUAUGGGAUCUUCGAUCAAGUAGAAGUAGAACUUUGAGUCGAGCAGAUGUCAAUAUUAACACCGCAUCCGAUUCUAUUAGAGAUGUAAAAUGGAUGCCACAUCCAACAGCAUGUAGAUCUGCGAGUCAAAAUGACUUGAGGAGUGGUGUCGGUGGUGCCGCUGGCUACAAAUUUGCUUCCAUUCACGAUUCAGGAUUGUUAUUGAAGUUUGAUUUGAGACAACCUAAUCAGGUAGAAAAAAGAAUUAAUGCGCAUAGUGGACCCGGCCUAUGUCUCAAUUGGCAUCCUUAUCAAGACUAUAUAUCCACUGGUGGUAGAGAUGGUAAAUGUUGCCUUUGGUAUGUUGGGGACGGUAAACCUGGUACUGAUUUUCUACAGGCUGGAAACACGUCUGUAAAUACACCCCAUUCUAUGACAUCCAAUUUACCAACAAAUCUAUCGGUAGUCCCUGAUAUGACUAUAAAUUGUGGUUUCCCUGUAACUAAGUUAAAGGUUCGACCAUGUUAUGAGAAGAACGUUCUAAAUUCGCUAGUAUCCAUGUCAUCUAUGGCCGAGGAUUUUGGUGUCAGCAUUUAUUCAUUGGCAAGGAAAUACAUUCCCAAGUAUAAUUUAUCUACUUCUUCAGCUUCCCUUGGGUUUGUCUGGUGGGAUGACAAUUUGAUAUUUAACAUUGACAAGGAUAAUAGAAUCAAUGGUUGGUACCUUGAUAGAGAACCAACAGUAUUGGAUAAUAUGCCAAAAAUUGUUACUAGAUGGAGAGAUAUAGAAGGUAAUGGAUUGUUAUUCAUUGAUCAAGACAGAGGUGGUUAUCAAGUGAACGAUGAAGUCCCCGCUAAUAUCGAGGAGUCGAAAAAACCACCAAACCAACGUGUUAGCAUAAAUUCAUUGAGUGGAACUGCGGGAGGAGGAAAUAGUGGUGGUGGAAGUAACUCAGGUAUGAUAGGCUCCAUCAAAAAGGGAAUUAGCCAAACUGGGCUAACAUCUUUCGCUGGUGAAAGGCCAGCGUUGAGUAAGACCGGUCUCAAUUUCAGCAAUAAAAGUUUGGCUACUCAAUCGAUGAAUAACUCACAUAGUAACUCUUUCUCUUCAUAUGCAGGAGCUGGGCCUGGGCCCCUCAAUGAGGUGGCAGAUUAUAGCGGUAUCGAGUCACCUUUCCUAAUGACGAUUGAUUUGCCCUACAUACUUAACAACAUGAGGGUUUCGCAAUUACCGCCAGAACGAAAAUCAUUAUAUUCACCCGAAGUGCAAGCAAUUAGAGAAUCACCAGUCAAAGUGUUUAAAUUUCUUGCUAAAGAAUUAGAGUUUUCAUACAUGCAAGAGGGAAGAUCUGGUGAGAUGAAAAAUGCAACCCAGUUAUCCAAUGUUAAUGAAGAUACAACCAAGAAAGACCUUAUGGUGAAGUUUGGUAUAUCUGAAAAAUCCACCUGGACUGCAUUGGUAAAUAAGAAAAAUGAGGCAGUGGAAGCCAUCAGUAAGAAAAGUGUUUCCACUAAAGAAGGGUCAGAAUCUCUUAUUGAGAGUGAUGGAGAGAGUUCUGCCAAAAGCCACGAGUCUGAUGACAAUAGCUCUGAUGCGGAUAAGAAGGAAAAUGCCAAAGACGGCACUAUGCAUGUGCAAGAAAAAAUUGACAUUCUAUUGGAAUUAAUCCCCAUAUGUGGACACAAUGCUUCUGUGUACUCAUAUAUUGAUGAUUUGCCCAAUUUUAAAAUUUGGAUAUUGAUUCGAGACUCACUGUUAUGGGAUUUAGAAAGACUUAGUGUUGAGUAUCCUGAUGAAAAAUUACCUGAAACCCAGAGUACCGAUCAAAUCGGGCAGCCGAUAACUAUGGGUAAUGAUGACUCUCUUGCAUCGGAUACUAGAAGUUAUAUGACAAGUGAUCUCAAUUAUUUUGUAGAAGAGCAUCCAAGAGCGUUGCGUUCAGAUUCUGAUGAACCUAAGGACCAUAAAAAACCACUAUCUGGUCUUAAAAGUCAAUUGACUAAAAUUCAAGAGACUGAGGCGUCUAUUGACGAUAGUUUGAAUCCGCCAAAAAUGUUGAAAAAACCUGAUAAUCCCAUAAAGCAAGAGCAAAUAGGCUCUCGACUCAAUGAUGAUUCUGAUAGUGCUGUGUUAGAGGAUGAUGACAAUGAAGAGAAGUCGGAUUUCGAUACUCAAAUUAAGGGUAUUCCUAUUACGAAUAAAAGACAACCGCGUCAAUCCUUCAUCGAUACCUACAUGGGUGGAUUGAAAUCACCCAUUGGUAGUAGUAACGCGAAUAAUGAAUUUUUCAUGGGGAGAGUGGGUCAUUCCCUGGGCCAUAGUAGUCCAGGGAGUAAAGGCUCACCAAUGGCUAGUUUGAAUAAUGGAGAAUUCACUUAUCCGGGCUUCAAAAGGAUGUCAUCUAGAAAUGAUCGUCGAUCAUCUGGUUCAUUGUUUUUAUCACCAUUAAAGAGAAGAGAAUCGUCCACGGCAGAGUUCUUCAACAAAUCACCGAUGAGACCAUUAUCGCCAGUAGCACCUGUGUCGUCAUUCAAAAGUAACCCCACAGAAUUUCUCCCGCCGUGGAAUACUCGUCGAUUACUGAAGCAAAUUUUCAAGCAAGCUGUCGAAAUGGGGAACAUCUUAUUAGUGGUCAACAUUUUAUUUUUAUUUCAAAAUCUUUACCAACUAACAUCUACGGAAGUGCUCAAGAAUACAUUGGCACAGUUCAUCAAAAUUUUGCACAAGCACGAAUUAUUUGAAUUAUCAGCCGCCAUUUUAAAGUGCUCACCAUGGGAGGUCGUCAUCAAUGCAGAUGGUGGACAAUCAUUAGUUCCAAUAUUCUGUGAUAAAUGUGGUAAAUUAAUUACUAAUGAACCAUCAAAGGAAAAAUUUACAUUGGAGGCACAGGAGAAAGGUAAUUCCAUGCCACUACAAAGGUUCGGAUAUUGGUAUUGUGAUUCUUGCAAAAAACCUAACACCUUAUGCGUGUUUUGUGAAAGACCCAUUAAAACUCUAGCAAUCGGUCUAUUAGAAUGUGGACAUGAAGGACAUUUCCAAUGCCUUCAGAGCUGGUUUCUCGACGAAGGUAUGGCUGAAUGUCCAGGUGGAUGCAUGAAUCAAAUUCGUCUUUAA